AUGAAGGCCCUGCUCCUGACCAUCGGCCUCGGCCUCGUCGCCAUCCUUCAGGCCCAGGACCCCCCAGCUUCGGGCAAAGACACCCCGGAUGUGUCAGGAAAGUGGUACCUGAAGGCCAUGACCGCAGACAAAGACAUCCCCGUGAAGCCGGAGUCGGUGACCCCCAUGACCCUCACCGUCCUGGACGGGGGCAACCUGAAAGCCGAGAUCACCUUUCUGACAGACGGUCAGUGCACGGACCUGCAGCUGAGCCUGGAGAAAACCUCCGAACCCGGCAAAUACACGGCCUACGGGGGCAAGCGUGUCGUGUACAUCCGGAAGGCGCCGGUGGAGGAACACUACAUUCUCUACUGUGAGGGCGAGCUACACGGCAAGCAGAUCCGGAUGGCGAAGCUCGUGGGAAGAGACCCUGGGAACAACGAGGAGGCCUUGGAGAAUUUUCAGGAGUUCUCAAGAGCCAAGGGAUUGGACCAGAUCUUCGUCCCCAAACAAAGCGACACCUGCUCCCCCGGAGGAGAUCAGGGGCCGCAGGCGUGAGGACCGGCUCCACAGCAGCCCCGGGGCGGCACCACCAGGACCCUCUGUCCUGCGGGACGUGGAAGGAGCCCCCCCGCCCUCCUCGCC